GCCACCAUAUCUGCUCGGUCUCUUCUUCCUCUCUCCACUCUUAAUUCAUGAACUUCAGGCUGUAUUAAUUAAUUACUUUUUUGCAGCGAAAAUUCUCAUCCUGAAGCUGUUUGAUAUAAUGCCCAAGAGGAGUCUCAAUUCCAAAUUGGAAUUGGGGAAGACCACUCUCUUGCUUUGCUGUACAAUGUAAUCAUCCUCAACCCUUUAUUCAAAAUUCUCUUUUUAAUCACAUGGCCUGUAAAUGCAUUCUCAAUUCUCAAUUUUUGCCUUCCUUUUCCCAAUUUAACAAGCCCUACUGUCGAAAAAAUAGAACUCCGUUAAUCAUUUCAUGCAGUUCUGACAGUCCCACAACCGAAGAAGACAAGAAACUUAGGUUUAAUCAACUGGGUUUACUUAAUCUUUCAGUUACGCUCACUGUACUUUCAACUUCACUUGUAAGACCCGCAAAUGCAGCAAAAGUCUCCGAAAAGAGACGUUCGACGAAAAAGACUGAGGCUUUAACGCCACAAGAGCUGAAAAAAUGGUCACAAGGACUUCCAACUGUGAGCAACAGGCUGCCUUAUACAGAAAUAUUGGAUUUGAAAAGGGAAGGGAAACUUAAGCAUAUAAUUAAACCACCUAAUGUAGGGUUAAAGCAACGGCCCGAGGUAGUUUUAGCUGUUUUAGAGGAUUCUAAGGUUGUUAGAAUUGUGUUACCUUCUGUUGAGAGUGAUCCAAGAUUUUGGUCUGAAUGGGAUGACCUGAAAAUUGAUGGACUUUGUAUGAAUGCCUAUACUCCACCACUGAAAAAACCCGAGCUGCCUUCACCUUAUUUGGGGUUCUUGUCAAAUAUUCCAGCUUGGAUGCUUUCUUUUAUGAAGGCCAAGCCACAGUCGAAAAAGGCGUUGGAGCUGAAGAGGGUGAGAGAAGAAUUGAAGAGGAGGCAAAACCAUGAGAUGUCAAAGAUGAGGGAGGAGAGGGAGAGGAUGGAGAAGGCAAUGAAAACACAGAAGAAAANUUCUUUAUAUAACAUUAAUAAGUUUGAUAUCUGUUUCUAUUUACUAUGCACCUGUCUGUUUCACUUCAUUGAUGAUUCCUCAGUUUUUUUUUUUCCAUUCCUUGUUUGGCACAUUAGCCUGGUAUUGCUUUAUUCUUGUCUUAUAUCGUUACAUAUCUAUUGGGCAAUGCUUUCAGGGGGUAUACUGCUUUGUGGUCCACCUGGGGUGGGGAAGACUUUGCUAGCAAAGGCUGUGGCUGGUGAGGCAGGGGUGAACUUCUUCUCCAUUUCGGCAUCUCAGUUUGUUGAGAUAUAUGUUGGUGUUGGUGCUUCUCGUGUUCGAGCACUCUACCAAGAGGCAAGGGAGAAUGCACCAUCAGUGGUCUUCAUUGAUGAGUUGGAUGCGGUUGGCAGAGAACGUGGUUUGAUCAAGGGUUCGGGUGGACAAGAACGUGAUGCGACUUUGAAUCAGCUUCUUGUGUGCUUGGAUGGUUUUGAAGGCAAAGGUGAAGUCAUCACUAUUGCUUCUACAAAUAGACCAGACAUAUUGGACCCAGCACUUGUUCGACCAGGGCGGUUUGAUCGGAAGAUAUACAUACCAAAACCUGGCCUUAUUGGGCGAAUUGAAAUUCUUAAGGUGCACGCUCGUAAGAAGCCUAUGGCUCCUGAUUUGGACUAUAUGGCUGUUGCCAGUAUGACUGAUGGAAUGGUUGGUGCAGAGUUGGCCAACAUUGUUGAGGUUGCCGCUAUUAAUAUGAUGCGUGAUGGAAGACCUGAGAUUACAACUGAUGACUUGUUACAAGCUGCACAAAUUGAAGAACGAGGAAUGCUUGACCGGAAGGAGAGGAGCCCUGAAAUGUGGAAGCAAGUCGCUAUUAAUGAAGCAGCGAUGGCUGUGGUGGCAGUGAACUUCCCAGAUCUUAGAAAUAUUGAGUUUGUCACUAUUGCUCCAAGGGCUGGCAGGGAGCUUGGUUAUGUGCGGAUGAAAAUGGAUCAUGUCAAAUUUAAGGAAGGAAUGCUGAGCCGACAGUCACUCUUGGAUCACAUCACUGUUCAGCUAGCACCACGUGCUGCUGAUGAGCUGUGGUAUGGAAAGGACCAG